AUGGCUUCGAUCACGUCGGUCAAGACGAACGGCUCGGGUUCUGCGCCUGGAUCGGCAUUCAUUCCUAUCGAUGAUCACUACUCGACGUAUGAGUACGAGCAUGAGAAUGGGUGGCAGGAUGAUGAGAGCUACUCGUCUGGCCGGACGUUGGCCACGACGACGACGAUGUAUCGACAUGAGAAUGGGAGGACAUACCAUGCUUAUCGAGACGGCGAAUACUGGCAACCCAACGACGAGAAGCAAAACAACCAUGAAGCCAUCGUACAUCACUUGUGCAUCAUGACCCUCGAAGAUAAGCUGUAUCUGGCGCCAAUCGAAGAUCCGAAGAACAUCCUUGACCUUGGUACUGGAACUGGCAUUUGGGCUACUGAUAUAGCAGACAAGUUCCCCGAUGCAGAUGUCAUUGGAACAGAUCUCUCGCCAGUCCAGCCAGGAAUGCAACCAGACAACUGCCGAUUCGAAAUCGACGACUGCUGUAGCGAAUGGGUAUAUCCCCAAGACCACUUCGACUUCAUCCACAUUCGCGGUCUCUUCGGCUCAAUAUCAGACUGGUCAACUCUGUACAAGCAGUGCUACGACCAUCUUCAACCGGGCGGCUGGAUCGAACAGGUCGAAUGGUCGAUACACAACAGAUCUGCUGACGGUACCCUAAGCCCCGAUGCCACACUUGCGAGAUGGAGCCAGAAUGCCUUGGACAUCGCGCAGCAUACUGGCAAGACCUUCGAAAUUGCCGAGAAUAUGGCUGGCUUGAUCAAGGAAGCUGGCUUCACGGAGUUGGUGGAGAAGAGGUUCAAGUGGCCGAUUGGACCCUGGAGCUCGAAUCCGAAGCACAAAGAGAUUGGCCGGUGGAACCUGCUGAAUUGGGAGGAGGGUAUGGAGGGGUGGUGCAUGGCUCCGUAUACGAGAGUCCUUGGGUGGACGUCCUGUGAAGUCGCCAAUUGGCUAAAGGAGAUCCGAGCGGCGAUGAGAGAUCGCAAGAAGCAUGUCUACCACGAAGUACGCCUGGUGUAUGCUCGCAAGCCUUUGAUCUCAUGA